GAUACUAGUACGUACGCCCGCCCCUCUGGCAAGCUAGCUAGCUAGAUUCAGAACAGAACAGCUAGCUAGCGUUGAUCCUAUCGAUCGAGCUAUAGCGUAGUGGCGACAGAUGCAUCCGGCGGCCAUGGAUGCCGGAUAGCUAUCAUCUCAACAUCGUCGUCAAACUGCGGUGGCGGUGCAGUUCGCUGGUUCUCCAGAAUCGCAGGCCCAGGGGCGGGUGAGUUAUUUGGUGUCGCGGCGCGCCAUGGCGGAAGUAGCUAUUCUUGCAGUGGCUGGGUGGUUCUUGGCGCCCACCAUCAAGGAGCUCAUGGACUGGGCACGCUCCGAACUAGGCGAAAGGUACCGAUUCCGCAAGGACUUCGAGGACAACCGAGAGAAAGUGUUUAGAGCUCUACAGGCAAUGCGAAGCAACGUUGAUGACAUGAAGAAGUACUCCAUCACGGACCCACAUGUUUGGUUCAGCCUGUGGGAAUUACUGGAUGCAAUUCAAGAUGCGGCGGAGGAGUUCAUGGACAAGUUCCAGUACGAGCUUGUUGAGUUCAAGGGAAGGAAAAAUAGAUUUGAAGGAUCUGCAAAAAAGCUGAAGCAGCUGCUCGGUAGUGCAGAGGACGCCAAGAAGAACUCAGAAGGCCUCCUCAAGAGUUUACGGGGAAAACAACAACACAACCCAAGGCCCGGCAUCGUCCCUACGACUUCGGCAAAAACAACUAAGGAGUUAUUUGGGUACAGGCAGGAGCUUGACAAUUUGGUAUCAAAACUCACCACACCCAGUGAAGGAGGAACUAGAGUUGUGGGCAUCAUCGGCCAUGGUGGGAUUGGGAAGACGGAGCUUGCUCGGUGGGCAUUCCACCAUCCUGACACUAGGACAAAGUUCGGCGAGCUCCGCAUAUGGGUGUGCGUCUCCGGCAUGGUCAAACAAGAUGAUCUGUUAAAUCAGAUCUUCAAGUCCACAUGUCGAGGGGAUCCUCCUCCUCCUUCAGCCAGUCUUGAGGAAAUGAUUGCAAAGAAGAUUGAAGACGCCCGGCGGCCGUACCUCCUUGUGCUCGACGACGUAUGCAACGACGAAACCAGCGAUGAGUUGCAAAGGAAGACGACCUGGGAGAGCGUGCUGGCCCCGUUCAAGCUGCAGGAGGGUGCAAACAAUAAUGGAAGCCGGAUUCUUUUGACAUCUCGAGCUCAGAUUUGUUUGGAUACUCUAGGUAGGUGUAUGGAUGCAAGGUCACAGCGACGAAUAAAAAUCGCCCUCAAUGGGAUCAACGACACUGCACAACUCAAGCUCUUGCUCAUGGAGGAAGCACGAAAACAAACUGAAAGUGAGGUCGUGUCCCAGGAACUGGAGGAACACCUUGAGAAAGAUGUUGGCAAGUUACAUGGCUCCCCGUUGGCAGCUCGCAAAUUUGUCAGCCUCUCUGCUCCUGCAGGAAAAAACCCGGUGAAAAGCACUUCUAAAAAGGAGAGAAGUCUUUUGAAGAAUAUCACAAUCGAACGUCGCAUUGAAGAAGUUCUUGUUAAAGAUCAUCUCUCAAGCUUUGAGGUGCUACCCUCGCACCUGCAGCGUUGCUUCGCAUUCUGCAGCAUAUUCCCAAAGGGAUGGAGAUUUGAAGUGGAAAAGCUGACGAGGAUGUGGACAGCUCUCGGUUUUGUGGAGGCUCCGCCGAGAAAGGGUGGGAGGACCGUGGACCACGUAGCAAAGGAGUACUUUGAUGCUCUGGUGGAACGCUCUUUGUUCCAACAAGUAGUAGGCACGUCCUACUAUGAGAUGCACGAGCACAUCCACUCCAUGAUACGGAUGGUCUGUCCAAGCUAUUACCAUAGGAUCGAUAGAAGAAGCAGUGACACUACUGUCCCAGCAACAGUUGGCCACCUAUCUGUGACCACGGAGUGUUUGGGCCAGCUCCAGGCAGCAGUUGGUUUGAGAAAGCUUCGGACAUUACUAGUCUUCGACAAGGAUGACGAAGACGGUGCAGAUGCUGCAACUAGUUCAUCGGCCAGCAGCAGCAGCAUAUCAACUGAUGAAAUUCUGAACAAGUUGAUUCCUCAAGAGAAAAAAGACCGGGAGAACAAGUUCAAGGGUGUGAGAGUGUUGGAUUUAUCUAACACGACACGCAUCACUGCGGUACCAUCAGGCAUCGGUGAGCUCGAGCAUCUGAGGUACUUGGGCCUUCCUAGCACCAUCGGAUGUCUCGGUAACGAUGUCACCAAGCUACUACCCCUGCAGACACUGAGUGUCAUCUUCAGCAGUGACGACGUCCGCCUUCCCGAAGAUAUGAGACGCUUGAUCAACCUGCGGCACCUUGAUAUGGGCAAGGAGAAGUACAUCGCACAGAUAGCUGGCAUCGGGAGCAUCAAAAUGCUGCAGGACUCAGUUGAGUUCCACGCGCGCAGGAUGGAACAAGGGCACGACAUGAGGGAGCUGGAGGGGCUCAAUUCUCUCCGCCGGAAGCUCACCAUAAAGUGCCUUGACAAGGUCGAAAGCAGGAACGAGGCCGAGAGUGCAGGCCUCAGGGCCAAGGUACAUCUCAAGACUCUAGAACUCAAGUGGGGGCGGCGGAGUGACGGUGCAGCUAGAGGAUCGGCGCAGAGCGAUCUGGAAGUCCUCGAAGGCCUCCGACCUCAUGCAAACCUCGAGGAUCUCAAGGUACAGAAUUACGUUGGCACCAAAUCACCUUCCUGGUUGGUCAGCCUGGAGAAGCUGAGGUGCCUACAACUGAUCAACUGCCGGCUCGACAGACUGUCUCUCGGUGCUUUUCCAUCGCUGAGGACCAUGGUGUUAACCGACAUGGCCGAGCUUGUCGCAUGGGAGGGCGUCACCGGCGAUGGCGAUGGCAGUGGCAGUGCAAUGGUAUUGUUCCCUAACCUCCGAAAGGUGGAGAUUGUCCGCUGCCCCAACUUACGGUCGUUAGAUGGCCUCCUAUGCUGCCGUUUGCUCAACCACCUGCACGUCGAGGGAUGUCCAGUCGUCAAAGGAGAAUUUAGAAGAAGCAAGUUUCGUCCAGACCUACGACUGAAUGAUAACACGCCUGAUUGGCCUCAUGAGCUGAGCUUCGUCAAAGAUGAAGAGCCGCCGCCUUCCCGUGCAGGUGGCCAGAUGAGAGACCGUCUAGCAGGGCAGCCUCUGACUCCGCUAACUGCAGGUGGCCAGAUGAGAGACCGUCCACUGCAGCCUCCGACUCCACCUCAUCGUGAAGGUGGCCAGAUGAGAGACCGCCAAGGCCAAGCUGAUGGUCUUCCCUCCCCUAGCCGUCGUCAAAGGAACGGUGUCGACACUCCUCCAUGGGUUCUUCUAAUUAUUAUUGCUUUAAUAAUGUGGUACUAUAGCAAUCUCUUGGUUCUUCUAAUUAUCAUUGUUGUAUGGCAUGGUACCAAUCGCUGAUGUGGCUUGCCAUUUGCCUUUUCUAAUUCCAUGGAGUGGAUAUAUACCUUAAGUUUCUUCGACCACCGCACCACACAUUUUUUUUUCUUUUUCUUUUUUUUUCCCUUUUGUCUUCAAGCUCUGGGUCUGGGAUAUGAUUUCAGGCUUCAUGGGCACUGCUCCAUGAACACAUAUGUAUUGUAUAACUUGCAUUGAUGUUGGAAUAAUAAGUUUGUUGUGAUGUGA